CGGAGCUGCAGCAGCCAUGUGCGAUUUCUCCGAGGAUCAGAUGGCCGAGUUCAAGGAGGCUUUCCAGCUCUUUGACCGAACCAGGGAUGGCAAGAUCCUGUACAGUCAGUGCGGGGAUGUGAUGAGGGCCCUGGGCCAGAACUCCACCAACGCCGAGGUCAUGAAGGUGCUGGGGAACCCCAAAAGCGAUGAGAUGAACAUGAAGACACUGAGUUUCAAGCAGUUCCUGCCCAUGAUGCAGACCAUCACCAAGAACAAGGACCAGGGCUGCUUCGAGGACUACGUGGAGGGGCUGCGGGUCUUCGACAAGGAGGGGAACAGCACCAUCAUGGGGGCUAAGAUCUGCCAUGUCCUCAUGACCCUGGGGGAGAAGAUGACGGAGGAAGAGGUGGAGAUCCUGGUGACCGGGCACAAAGACAGCAACAGCUGGUCCGGAUGGUGCUGA